ACUCGGCCUGGCACAGUUUUCUGUAACUUGUCUGCCCAUUCCGGACCGGACCAGGGUGAAAAUGAAUGCGCGAGAUUCCUUCUGGACAGGAAAACCACAACUUCGACCAUCUGAAGCUGCAUAGUCCGACAGACAAGCUUUUUUUUAUUUUUAUUUUCUUUUUUUGAAGGAGAUUUGUUGACUCAUCAAGAGAUAAUAAACUUCUUGAAAGAUAACCACUGCGAUAUUGUUACCACUGAAGACUCUUGCCAUUCCUAUACUGUCUGUUGACUUGACUUGCCUCUUACCCUUUCAGAGUCAGCCCCAACCACUUCACGCGUCUCCUCAACCAGUCGAACGUCUUUCUCCCCAGCCCGUCAUCAUGCCUGCCGCCAACUCAGUGCUUUCUAGCAAGCCUACCCUGCCCGAGGGUCACUUUCUCUUCACCUCAGAAUCUGUCGGUGAAGGCCACCCGGAUAAAAUCUGUGAUCAGGUUUCUGAUGCAAUUCUAGAUGCAUGCCUCAAAGAUGACCCAUGGUCCAAGGUCGCCUGUGAGACCGCCAGUAAGACCGGAAUGAUCAUGGUCUUCGGUGAGAUCACGACUCGAUCGCCAAUCGACUUCCAGAAAGUGAUUCGUGAGACCAUCAAGCGAAUCGGAUACGACCAUUCCGACAAGGGAUUCGACUACAAGACUUGUAACGUCCUCGUGGCCAUCGAACAGCAAUCUCCUGAUAUCGCACAGGGUUUGGAUCACGGAAGUCUCGAAAACCAUGGUGCCGGAGACCAGGGUAUCAUGUUCGGCUAUGCCACCGACGAAACCGCCGAGCUGAUGCCCCUGACGCUUGUCCUGGCCCACCAACUCAACGCCAAACUGGCCGAAGAGAGGCGGAAGGAGGGUGGACUCAACUGGCUCCGUCCGGACUCCAAGACUCAAGUCACGAUCGAGUACAAGAAGGAAAAAGAUACCGGGGCAGUCGUGCCGAUCCGAGUCGACACCAUCGUCGUUUCUACCCAGCAUGCCGAAGAGAUCUCCACCGAAGACCUCCGAGAAGCUGUCAUGGAAAAGAUCGUCAAGCAGGUCAUCCCUUGCCAUUUGCUCGACGACCAAACCAUCUACCACAUCCAACCUGCCGGGAGGUUCGUUAUCGGUGGUCCUCAGGGUGAUGCCGGACUGACAGGUCGAAAGAUCAUCGUCGACUCAUACGGAGGAUGGGGUGCCCACGGUGGAGGCGCUUUCUCCGGGAAAGACUGGUCGAAGGUCGACCGAUCAGGAGCCUACCUGGCCCGAUGGAUUGCCAAAUCCAUCAUCGCCGCCGGAUUGGCCCGACGGAUCUUGGUCCAAUUGUCCUACGCCAUCGGAGUCGCCGAGCCGCUCAGUAUCCAUGUGGACUCCUAUGGGACAUCCAAGGGAUUCACCGACGCCGAGCUAGUCGACAUCAUCCGCUGCAACUUCGAUUUGAGACCCGGUGUUGUUGUGAAAGAGCUAGGUCUGCAAAGACCCAUCUACACUCAAACCGCUGCCUAUGGCCACUUCGGAAACCCUAACUAUCCAUGGGAACAACCAAAGCAGCUCAAAUUCUGAUGGGACGACAAUCUCCAACUAGAGCAGCCCCUUAUCCGUACUUGGGUUUCCUAUUCUAUACCUUCUCUUAAUUAUCCUUUCACGAUUACUGCCUCAUUUUUCUCUUUUCUGAGUGUAACCUUUCUUCCCCCCCCCCAUCUUUGUUCAUCCGUUCCCCUUCGAAGCUUGAUCUCCUUGAAAACAAACCAAAAAAACACACUUCUCUCUCAUCUCGAUACCCCGAUCUUCCCUGCACCAGCAUCUUUUUCGUCGUACACCGCUUAUGAGCCCCUCAUGUCGUCUACGAACUUUGUCCCCCCCCCCCCUCUCUCUCUCUCGAUGUCCUCCGACUUAGAUCUCUCCUGACCGCACUCCUGUUUCUAGAUCAAAGAUUACGUACUUGGGUAGUAGGACCCAUUCUUUGCAGGUCCUCUAAAUGCUCCUCCUGUCGACUUCUUCUUCUCUCUUUUUCUUCAUCUCUUUGGGGUCCAUUAUUGCCAAAUCGUAUUUUUGCCCUUGCCCGUUUACUAGACUAAAAUGCAAAAGUAAUCCAAGACCAACUUCGCGAUCAUCUUACGACGCGACCAGGCUUAUCCCACUACUUUUUUUUCAAAAAAAAUCUUUGCCACCUUGAGCCCGUCUAGCUCGACGAGCCAUCAUCUCUGUGUCUUUUUUACACUCACUAGACAAGGUCUCUCUUACCCACCUGGCGAUCAUUUGACUCAUUUCUUCAUCACUUGAUGCCCCCAUCUUACAUAGACAACACUUUUUUAUAAGCAGUGCUAUUUGCUACAUCAGGGGUUAACGUGUGAACAUCUUCCAUCUUGUCCACUAAACCAGGCACCCUUGUUUCUCUUGCUCUCCUCAUUUCUGUCCUUCUCGAUCUCUCUCAUAUUUUUCAUACAAGGAUGAUUCAAACGAGGACCACUUGAAAUGCUUGUUUCAUUUUUGGUCUGUAAUUUGGGUCUUCUCAUCUGUCCCUUUACUGGUCUGACUGAGAGGCUCGG